AUGUCAGAAUUGGCGAAAUUGAAGGAAGAAGUGAAGAAAAAUUUGAGAGCUUUGCUUAUUUCUGCACCAACUGGAUUGACCUUGCAGCAAAUUCAAAAUGACUACCACACGAUGUUGGGUCAACCCAUUCCCUACAGGGAACUUGGCUACAACACCGUUACCGAUUUCAUCAAGUCUGUUCCUGAUUGCCUCCAAACUCACUAUGAGAGGGGACUUUUACUCCUUUACGGCGUCGCAGAUGAUACAACCAAGCAUAUAGCUAAGUUAGUUUCGCGACAAAAGGUCGGUUUACGUUGUCGUCGAGGCCGGGUAAGCGGCUACUUGUCACUGGUAAGAAAAACAGCGCCACCUCCCCCCACGGGAGCUCCCAAGCCACUGAUGGCGGAACAACCUUCCGUUCCAGCCCAUCUACGAACUAAAAUAAAGGCCCUGCUCUCUGCAUACCCGAAUGCAGCAGAUCAGAAGGACCAUCCAGAGUGCGUAGUUGAUAAGAAUAGUCCUAGUAAACUGACUGAUCUGACACAAACCACAGAUGAUGAUGAGGGAGGGAAUGAAAGUUUGAAUUCAAGUUUUAUAUCAGAUUCAAGAGUUGAUGAUUCCAUUGACGAUGAGUUGAAAGAACAAGUGAGAAAGAUUCUGUGUAAAAGACCAGCUGGUUUAUGGGCAGCCCAAUUACAACCAGAGUACAAGCAACUUACAGGAAAAGACCUACCAUUGAAACCACUUGGAUUCUAUAGUGUCAUAGAGCUUGUCUCUCUCAUACCCGACGUUGUGACUAUUGAACGACCAACGAACAAAGGUGAUUGGCUCCUAUACGACACCAGGCUAUACAAAAAAGAGAAAUCAAAAGAGACUGCCACUGAGAAGAAAACAAAUGUAAAAACUGUGGAUUCUUGUGUCAAAUAUAAUAUUUGGUAUGUUUUGUCAUGCCAUCCCAAUGGUAUAUUUCUUUCCAACUUGCAAGCAGUGUAUAUGAAACAUUCCGAAGAGAUUAUUUAUCCUCAACAUUUGGGAUUCAAAGAUCUUUUAUCAUUGUUGAAGUCAAUCCCUGAUGCUGUUAUAGUGGAAGAGAGACUUACUGGACAUAUAGUUCUACAUGCAAACAAGUUUUUUCAACCUGGUCCUAUCUCAGAACAACUUGCAGCACCAAAGAUCUCUCCUAGAAGAUAUGUACAUAAAUCAGUUCCACCUGAUGCUGUAGGUAGUGGAGUUGGAUACAGUACUGUAGUGAUACCCGCAGUAGAUUAUCUAGAGGUCUAUCUGGCCAGUGUUAUUAGUCCGGGUAAUUUCUGUAUCCAAAUAAAGAGUGAUGAGACAUCAGUAGCAUUGGACAUUGUCAUGGAUGCAUUAGAAAAAAUCUACUGCAGUUCUGAAAGUGAACAUUAUCAAAUGCCAGAUUGUAUGUUGGCUGUUGGACAAGUAUGCUGUGCAAUAUAUCAGCAGGAUUCCAACUGGCACCGGGCUUUAAUCACUGGUGUUAGAGACUCUGAAUUCAUAGAGGUUUUAUAUGUUGAUUAUGGUAAUAUUGCAAUUGUGCCGAAGAGUUGUCUUAGACUUUUAAAAUCAUGUUUUCUUCAUUUGCCUGCCCAAGCUGUACAGUCACGAUUAGCCAAUGUUAAGCCAACAAAAUCAGGAUGGACACGAGCAACCAGAGACCGUAUCUUGGAACUUUGCAAAGAUAAGCCACUUGUUGCCCUGAUCACUGGUAUUAAGAAUGAAAUAAUUUCAAUGUGUCUGUGUGAUACAAGCGGUGAAACAGACGUGCAUAUCAAUGACUUGCUUGUUGCUGAGGGCUUAGCUAUUUUCUGUCCUGAAAAACCUCUUGAGAAUACAGAAGACGAGUCACAGGAACCGCUGAAAGCACCGACUGAACCUGUAGAGGAUUCUACCAGCGUGAAUCUAAAUGAUAGUCAGACUGAUGCCAUGCCAGCGUGGACCACUGUCUACAAUGAAGAGAAUGAAUAUUCAUUAACAAAAGAAGAUAUUGAGUUAAUGGAGCAAAUGAACCAGGAGAUAGAAGGUACUACAAGUAUUGUAUCAAAUGAAGACAUACAUGAAGAAGUUAAAGGACCACAAUUUGUGAAAAAAGUUGACUUGACUGGUAAAUAUAAAGCACACAUCAUAAAAUACGAAGACGAGCCUUAUUUACUGAGUGGUCAAAUAUCUUCUUACCUGUGGGAAAUUGACAUGUUAAGAGCUAUGAUGAGACAAAAAACACUGCGAGUAAAGCAAGUGAUUCUGGCAGAAAAAGAUCACCAUGAGUUAUUUGAUUGUAUUAAGAGGUAUCUUCUGUGUUCAACUUUGAAUUCGGCAGGUUACCAUGCAGGUUUGAAUUCUGCAGGUAACCAUGCAGGUUUGAAUUCUGCAUGUAACCAUGCAGGUUUGAAUUCUGCAGGUAACCAUGCAGGUUUGAAUUCGGCAGGUAACCAUGCAUGUUUGAAUUCGGCAGGUAACCAUGCAUGUUUGAAUUCGGCAGGUAACCAUGCAGGUUUGAAUUCGGCAGGUAACCAUGCAGGUUUGAAUUCGGCAGGUAACCAUGCAGGUUUGAAUUCGGCAGGUAACCAUGCAGGUUUGAAUUCGGCAGGUAACCAUGCAGGUUUGAAUUCAGCAGGUAACCAUGCAGGUUUGAAUUCGGCAGAUAACCAUGCAGGUUUGAAUUCAGCAGGUAACCAUGCAGGUUUGAAUUCUGCAGAUAGCCAUGCAGGUUUGAAUUCAGCAGGUAACCAUGCAGGUUUGAAUUCUGCAGAUAACCAUGCAGGUUUGAAUUCAGCAUGUAACCAUGCAUGUUUGAAUUCGGUAGGUAACCAUGCAGGUUUGAAUUUGGCAGGUAACCAUGCAGGUUUGAAUUCAGCAGGUAACCAUGCAGGUUUGAAUUUGGCAGGUAACCAUGCAGGUUUGAAUUCGGCAGGUAACCAUGCAGGUUUGAAUUCGGCAGGUAACCAUGCAUGUUUGAAUUCGGCAGGUUGCAUGGAUGGAGAUGUUGCAAAACCAUUUCUCACACUUUAUCACUUAUCAUGCAUUCCUGAUAUUUUGAAGUUAUUUAAAUGUCCAGCAGAGAAGUUAAUAGAUGCCCUGGAAUAUGAAGCCUUGCAAUUUGACCCAGAAGAUGAUUAUUGGAAGUCCUUGGAUUACUCUGGUCUACAGUGUUGGAUGGGUGUGUCAUUGCCUGAGUCCUUGGAUUACUCUGGUCUGCAGUGUUGGAUGGAUGUGUUAUUGCCCGAGUCCUGCGAUUACUCUGGUCUACAGUGUUGGAUGAGUGUAUCAUUGCCUGAGUCCUUGGAUUACUCUGGUCUACAGUGUUGGAUGAGUGUAUCAUUCCCUGAGUCCUUGGAUUACUCUGGUCUACAGUGUUGGAUGAGUGUAUCAUUCCCUGAGUCCUUGGAUUACUCUGCUCUACAGUGUUGGAUGGGUGUGUCAUUGCCUGAGUCCUUGGAUUACUCUGCUCUACAUGUUGGAUGGGGGGAAGUAGUUACACAUGAAGAUGUAAAACUUGGAGCUGAUGAAGAUGUUUUGAUUGAUUUAGAGUAUGGAUUGGACGACUUGAAACUCCUUCUUCAAGUCAUGCAGUUCAAAAGAAAAAGAAUUCUCAAAGCUAUGAUCAGUGAUUCUGAUAAGCAUCUUGUGAAUGAACUCCAGUUUGUAGAGCAGCAAAUAACUGAUGUAAGAAAUGCAAUCCAGUAUAGAGGGUAUGAAGAUGUCAAGAAAGAAAAAGAAACAAAUUCAAAUGAUGAGAUAUGUAGUCCAAUAGUUGAGGAGUUGAGCAAGAAUGAAGAUGAAGUACAGGAAGAAAUAAGUCAAUCCUCAAUCAAUAAUGAGGGACAGAUAUCUGAAAAGAGUGAUUGUCAACAAGCCACAUCUUCUAAUAACACAAUGAAUAAAGAUGAUGAUAAAAUAAAUGAAGAAGACAUUUCCGAAGCUGAUUUGUCAAGAAAAGUAAUCUCAAAUCCACAGGCACGAGUGGAACCUAUCAUGAAGGAUUCUGUCGAUAAUGACCAACCAUCUGAUGCUAUAGAAAUUGAGCCUAGUAAAUCAGCGCCAAGCAAUCCAUCUGUAUCUAGUCUCCAAUCAGACAUGAUAACUUAUAAUCAACAGAAUGCUAAUCAAUAUCAACGCUGUUCAUCAUCUCAGCAACAGAAUUCAGGUCAAUAUCCAUACUGUCCAACAUCUCAACAGAAUGCAGGUCAAUAUCCGCUCUGCCCACCUGAACAAGAGAAUGCUAGUCAAUAUCCAUACUGUACAACACCUCAACAGAAUGCAGGUCAAUAUCCACUCUGCCCACCUCAACAACAUAAUACAGGUCAAUAUCAACAGAAUGUAGGUCAAUAUCAAUGUUGGCCAGCACAACAACAUAAUGCAGGUCAAUAUCACCAGAAUGCAGGUCAAUAUCACCAGAAUGCAGGUCAAUAUCACCAGAAUGCAGGUCAAUAUCACCAGAAUGCAAGUCAAUAUCAACAAAAUGCAGGUCAAUAUCACCAGAAUGUAGGUCAAUAUCAACAGAGAAGUGGAUAUCAUAACCAGCGUAGAUCAUACGGCAUGCAAAACCAAUUUGCACAGAAUCAAUAUUGCAACUAUCCACCAAGAAAUUUUGGACCGGUUAGUCAGAAUCAGCAACAAAUGGCUGCAUACAACCAUAUGCAGCAAACACAGUUUGGUCAGUUCCAAAACACAAAUAAUUUUGGCCAGGGUCGUGGAAAAGCUCAAACUCUAGGAUAUGGAUACAUGUAA